AGUCCCAUAACCGAGCCAUCUUACCGCUUUCCGCCAGGAGUAGGAUGCGCCUCCGAGACUAUGGAUGACGAUUUCGGGGCGGAUUCCGAGUUUCUCGAAGCCCUCGCGGCCUCGGACCCGAGUCGACCGCAACCCCCCAAGCCGCUUGUGCAACAGCCAGUUCCUCAGAGGGCUCGGACUCAGGCUCAGCAGCCAACGCCCCAACGUCUAGAUAAACCGGCACCGGCGAGCGUUCCGGGUCCAAAGGCGGCCCAGGCCCAGCCCACACCACAGGCUCUCCCGCAGCGGUCUUCAAGAUCGGCUAUCCAGGUUUCUCCCCGCCAGCGAGGGAACCCAGUCCUCGCCGCGUUGCGUUCCCUACCGUGGGAGUAUAGCGAUAUUCCCGCCGACUACGUCCUCGGGCUCACUACAUGUGCUCUCUUCUUGAGCCUGAAAUACCAUCGACUACACCCGGAAUAUAUCUACCAGCGGACCCGCAAACUCCAGGGCAAAUACAACUUGCGCAUUCUGCUAACCUUGGUGGACAUUCCCAAUCACGAGGACUCACUCCGAGAGUUGUCCAAGACGUCGAUCGUCAAUAACGUGACCAUCAUCCUCUGCUGGUCGGCAGCCGAAGCAGCACGCUACCUCGAACUAUACAAGUCCUACGAACACGCCAACUUCAGCGCCAUCCGCGGGCAGCAGUCGUCGAGCUAUGCCGAAAAGCUGGUCGACUUCGUCACCGUGCCCCGCAGCGUCAACAAGGCGGACGCCAUCGCCCUGGUGAGCAAUUUCGGCAGCCUGCGGGACGCCGUCAACGCGGACCCGGACCAGAUCGGCGUCAUUGCCGGGUGGGGUCCCGUCAAGGUCAGGAAAUGGGUCGCGGCCGUGGAGGAGCCGUUCCGGGCGAAGAAGGCUGCGAAGCGGAAUCGAGACCCGACGACGACGGACGGCGAAGGUAGCGGGGCUGGGACGCCGUCGGUACUGGACCAGGCUGUGCCCAUUGGGCGGGUUCCCCUGCGCGAUAUGCCGGUGCUGAGCGCGUCGUCUUCCCGGGCUACUCCGGCGUCGGCGUCGGAUGACCCCGCUGGGUCUCGCGGCGGGAAGCAAAAGCAGCUUGCGCGGGAUCGAGUUCCGGGGAUGGAUGGUGUCGAUAUGGAUGACGAGGAGGCUAUGAUCGCGGCGGCGAUUGAGGAGUCGAAACGCACGGCGGAAGCCGAGGCGUCGCAGAGGACGGGUUCUGGCCCUGCCGGCACCAGUACCAGCGGUAGCAACGGCGACAGCGGCGGUACUACCGGCGAGUCUGGAGGCCAGUUGAGCGAGGGUAUCGCGGCCGCGUUGGCGAGGCUAAGACAAAAUGCUUGAAUUAUUUGCACGAAGACACCUAACAAUGAAGCUCAUUUCCCCCCCUCUCCCCCAUCCCCCGAGUACAGGUUGAGCUCAGCCCUCGUAUAAUCCAACUUGCGACAAAGAAUUCUCGCUCGGACUUGACACAUCUCACAGGAAAGAUAUCUUGAGAUUACCGUUUACCUUACCUUACGGAGCGUUAACUUUCGCCUGUUGCUGGGUCAACAGCUAUUCCGACCUGGCCUAAAUCGCCUAUCCGAAAGAGCUUUGCCAGCGCUUAUGCGAAUCAACGCUUUACUUACACUUCUCCUGCUACCGAUCAAUAUAUUUACAAUGCGUCCUGUC